AUGCCCAAGCGCGGAGAAACCAGCAAGUCGCGCAAAGGUCGCCCACAUGUCCAGACAGGUGGUAGCAUGCGUGGAACAACUGUGGUCUGGGGCGACUAUGGGCUGCGAUUGCUAGAUCAUCAUCGCCGAAUCCCCGCCAAGCAGCUUCAAAUUGCAGAAGCCACCAUCAAGCAGCGCUUACGAGGUACAAGGUACAAACUUUACAAGCGUAUCUCGGCCAACAUUGGUGUAUAUACGAGUGGUAAUGAAGUGCGUAUGGGUAAAGGCAAAGGAAGCUUCGAUUAUUGGGCGAGUAGAGUGGCUGUCAGCAAGAUUAUCUUCGAGCUCAAAGGAGAUGCCCACGAGCAGGUCGUCCGUGACGCCUUCAGAUUAGCUGGUGCCAAGCUACCUGGCAUGUAUGAAUUUGUAAAGAAGGGCGACCCGCCAGUUAUGGGCAUCACAAAGUUAGGCAACGGAGUCACCGUGGAGGACCUACUGCGGCCUCGCAAGAAGCUACCAGUUGAAGUGACAGCAGCAGGGCUCCCUUCGACGUCUCCGAAUGUCCCUGCUGCUGCAACUACAUCGGCUGCAACUACAUCGGCUGCAUCGUGA